CCUCUUGCACAGUGUGAACACUCUUUGAGGCCAGAGUGAGCAGCUGUCAGAGGACGGGGCAGAGCGUCACGAAGAGCAGAGAAGAGGCUUUGUGGAAGGAAGGACUGAGUGAAAAUGCAGCACAGGAGCGAGUCCCGACAUCAACACUUGUCCACAGUCCGACUCAGGAUCCAGACUUUAAACUGCUAGCGUGUAGCCACCGAGCUGGCUCAUACCACUGACUUUCCCCCGGCUUUUGUUUUGUUUUGAUCUAAUCGGUUGGUGGAUCACAGACUGCACAGCGUUGCUGUCCACUCUACAGGACUAGUCCAGACAUGAGCAACGUUAACCCGAUUUUCUGGGACCAGUUGCAGGCUGGCAGCUCCGAUGUCGACUGGUGUGAAGGAAAUUACCUGAUCUACCCCAGCAUCGCUGAAUUUUACAACACGAUCAGCAACGUCUUGUUCUUUGUUUUGCCUCCCAUACUGAUGUUCCUGUUCCGUGAAUAUGCCCAGCAUUUCAACAGCGGGAUCUACCUCAUCUGGAUCCUGCUGGUGGUGGUCGGCAUUGGAUCAACGUAUUUUCAUGCCACACUCAGCUUCCUCGGCCAAAUGCUGGAUGAGCUGGCCAUCCUUUGGGUCCUCAUGUGUGCCAUCGCCAUGUGGUUUCCAAAGAGAUACCUGCCAAAGAUGUUCAGGAGAAAUCGUUUAAGGUUUAAAGUGGUCAUCGGCAUCCUGUCUGGGAUCACCACCGGUCUGGCCUUUGUUAAACCUGUGGUCAACUCGCUGUCACUCAUGACUCUGGGCAUCCCCUGCACAGUGCUGCUUAUCACUGAGCUCAAAAGGUGUGAAAACUCGCGCGUGUUCAAGCUCGGGCUGAUUUCUGGGUUCUGGUGGGCGUUGGCUCUGCUCUGCUGGAUCAGCGACAGGAUAUUCUGCGAAAUGUGGUCGGCGGUCAACUUCCCCUACUUACACUGUGCUUGGCACAUCCUCAUCUGUCUGGCCUCCUACAUAGGCUGCGUCUGCUUCGCCUACUUCCACGUGGCGACCGAGGCGCCGGAGCAAGGGCCGGUCAUCAUGUUCUGGCCCAACGAGAAGUGGGCCUUUAUCGGUGUGCCGUAUGUUUCGUUACUCUGCGUCCACAGGAAAUCGUCCAUCAAGGUGACUUAAGGGGGCCUUAGAAGUUCUCAGCUCUACAGUUUUAACACCAGCGUGAUAUAGCAGCCCGUCUGCGAGUCGUGUUGCCCCCAUUGUGUUCUUUUUGAUUUGACCCGAAGAUACGUUGCACUUGUCAAAGAGUAUAAACUUUUUUUCUGCUCUGUAUUCCUCUUUGAAUCCCGACAGAGCAGGGAUUUAUGCAACUCUGAUGUCAUUAGUUUGUGAAAUAUGAUGCAGGGUAUCUCCUUAUAUGACAUGUCAAAGCCAACAAACCUUUAUAGAAUUCUACACCUAUACUCAGGCUUUGCAUGAGACAUUGUGUAACCUUUUCAGAGUGAUAGUGUUGCAGUUAUCUAUCUGUAGAUUUUCUAAAUGUUGGAACUCCUCAGUAUUAAGCGUUAUGCUGCCUUGAUAAUUAUUACUAUAGCAACUCGCUGUUGCCAGGUUUAGUAACAAUAAUUUCACCACAUGUAACUAUUACAACAUCAAGCCAGUCACAGAAGACUCUGAAAUUAUAAGCUGGUUCCUAACAAGAACAUAAUUCACACCAAGCCUUAGGCCUCUUUUUAGCUGAUGUGUUCCUUACUUCAAGCAUGCUACCCUGAUAGUAAUUUUGCCAUAUUUUGCAAAAAUAUCAAUGCAAUACUCAAUUAUUUUCCAAAGAACAUGAUGUGUUUCCUUUAUUUGUAUAGAAGGUGGUACCUUUAAUUGUGGUGAACACAGUAUAUUGCCAAGAAACAGAAAUAAAGAGUUAGAUUUUGAUAUCAGAACAGGAUUGAUAAACUAUUUUCCUCAAACAUUUGUCUUGUAAUGUUAGUAUUUAAGAGAUAACCAGAUUUAUUAUACUUCAUUUCAAAUUGAGAUAUUUAAUCUAGUGGCUACUCCUCAAGGUUAAGGCUAUACAAAAUGAUGCAAAGACAUUUCAGCCAAGAGACUGAGAUAUAGAAAAUGGGAUAGUAAUUGCAAGUGAAUGUGCAUUGUUUCUGUAAGUUUGUUUUGGCGCCUAUGAGCCAAGUCUACUAUUUAUUUUUUUAUUUUUUACUUUUUCCAUUAUACCAAAACUAUGUUGGAGUCGUUAUUGAAAAACUGCCAAUGUAUAAAAUAGAGAGAUGUAUUUUUGAUGUUUCUAAAUGAAAUGAAAAUCCCAAAGGAUAAGAACUGUUUACGUUUUUUCUUCUCAAAUAUUUGUUUGACAUGUCGGCGCCUCACACUGUUUGACUUUUCCACUCGAACUACAUGCAAAGAUUUUGAGCAACUAAAGAUGUCAAAAUAAGUUGUGCAAUCAUAAAAAGGUCGAUGAAGGGUUAUAAUUUUCAAAAACUCAGCAAAAAUAAUUCUGAGACAAUAUCUUUUUCAGAAAAUAAUUUGUUGUUAGCCUAAAUAUGUUUCUAUUUUCAUUUUACAGUGGUUCUGCUUUUUGUUCUGCUAGACUCUUUUAGAGAAACCUUAGGGAGGAUUGAGGAUGUGAAGAGAUACCAAUAGUACCUGCAGUGUAACGCACAACAUGUUGAAUAAUACAGUUGGCUGAAAGUGAUGAGUUCAUUGUGUCCUGCAGUGAAAGUGAAAACCCUCAUGCCAUAAAAAGCAAAUCAGCAUCACAUUAAGCAGCCGGUGUAACGUAGACUUUAAAUGAUGCUUUCUGCAUUGUGAUGCUUGACAAUAAGGAAGGAUUGUUAUUGGCUAAAAUCUGUAUGAAUCUCAGUGUUUCUCCACUUGCAUUCUUAAUACAGAUAUGUUGCACAGAGAUAUUUAUUUUCAUAAAUUAUCCUGUUUUGUACACAAAUGUUUGUAGCAGAUUAGAGUUUUGAUAUUUUCUGUAUUAAACAAAGCAAAUUUUGAA